UAUCGGGAAGUACUAUCGGCUGAAGACUCGGUGGGAAAAGAUGGCAAAGCGAAGCGCAUUGAUGGCCGAUCUCUCAAGAAGUACAGACUCAGUGAUUACAAGUGGUUGACAUACGGACAGAUCGAUACCAUCACCACAUCGAUAGCCAAGGGACUGGUAGCGAAUGGGGCGGCUUUUGGCGAUAAGAUCCUAAUACUAUCGGAGACGAGAGUUGAAUGGUUUCUGUGCGCUCAGGCCAUCGCCAAACUGGGGGGCACUGUAGUCACACUCUUCUCCAAUUUGGGUAUAAAUUCUUGA